AUGGCGAGAGUGCCGGGCGCUUUUUACGUGGUAUUAGUAUGUUUGUUUAUUAGUGAAACGGUGUUAUCUACCAAGCCACGAAAUGUUCUCAUAUUAUUAGCUGAUGAUGGCGGGUUCGAACUGGGCGCGUACAACAACAAGAUCUGUCAGACUCCGAACAUCGAUGCGUUGGCGCGUCGCGGUCUCAUAUUCAACAAUGCCUUCACUUCUGUCAGCAGUUGUUCACCCAGCCGCGCGGCGCUCCUCACAGGCACGCCCAGUCACCAGAACGGCAUGUACGGCCUUCACCACAGUAUCCAUCACUUCAACUCUUUCAACAACGUCACCAGUCUACCAAACUUGCUGCGGCAGAAUGGAGUCUACACCGGUAUCAUCGGCAAGAAGCACGUGGGGCCCAGCAGCGUGUACCGCUUCGACUACGAGCAGACUGAGGAGAACAACCACAUCAAUCAAGUCGGCCGCAACAUCACGCACAUGAAGCUGCUGGCUAGGGAGUUCCUCGCAAAUGCACAGAAGCAGAACAAGCCGUUCUUCCUGUAUGUGGGCUUCCACGACCCCCACCGCUGUGGGCAUGACGAGCCGCAGUAUGGCGUCUUCUGCGAGCGCUUUGGCUCCGGCGAGCCUGAGAUGGGCAUCAUCCCCGACUGGUCACCCUGGUACUACCAGUGGGAUGAAGUGCAGCUGCCAUAUCACGUGCAGGACACUGAAGCAGCUCGGCGGGACAUAGCAGCCCAGUAUACGACCAUGUCCCGACUUGACCAAGGUGUAGGACUCAUACUAAAAGAGCUAGAGUCCGCCGGGCAUAAGGACGAUACCCUCGUUAUCUACACGUCGGACAACGGCAUCCCAUUCCCCUCGGGCAGGACCAACUUCUACGACCCAGGCCUCCGCGAACCUCUGAUCAUGGUCUCGCCCGAACCUGAUGCGAGGAGAAACGAGGCCUCAGGGGCUAUGGUCAGUUUGUUGGACAUCAUGCCCACCGUGCUGGCCUGGUUUGGCGUUAAGGUGGAGGAAGCGGAAUGCAACGACGUGGGACUGAGCGAUGACACGAAAAGCUUGUUACCGAUUUUGAAAAAAGAACCGCCACACUCGGAGGAGGAUGCUGUGUUCGCAUCACAGACGCACCACGAGAUCACGAUGUACUACCCGAUGCGCGCGAUCCGAACGAGGCGCUACAAGCUCAUUCACAACCUCAACUACGCAAUGCCCUUCCCCAUCGACCAGGACCUCUACGUGUCGCCCACCUUCCAGGACAUCCUGAACCGCACUCGAAGCAAGCAGCCGCUACCGUGGUACAAGACGCUGAAGCAGUACUACUACCGGCCGGAGUGGGAACUGUACGACGUGCGCACCGACCCAGCUGAGCUCAACAACUUGCACGGCAAGCCGUCGCUGGCGGCGGCGGAGGGCGCGCUGCGGCGGCGGCUGGUGCGCUGGCAGCGCGCUAGCCGCGACCCCUGGCUGUGCGCGCCCUCCGCCGUGCUGGAGCGCGACGGGCCCGAGCCCGUGUGCCGCGGCCUCCACAACGGACUCGUACACUACCACCUUGUGUAA